CCUUAUAAUUAUGUUCACCAAUGUUUACAUUUUAUUUGGGUUUUUGUUACUAUUUUGUUCUGUAGGGACGUCAAAACGUUUUCCAUCGUACAUAAAAAAAUGUCACCAGAGUGAUCCACACAUUAAACAUUGCUGCAUCAAAGCCCUGGACAGUGUUAAACAACACUUUGCCAAUGGAAUACCAGAAUUUGGGUUUCCUCCUAUGAAUCCUUUGGUUAUUCCUGAAAUUUCUCUGGAUUCUGACAAUAGCUUUAAAGCUGCAUUCAAAAAUGUGACGAUAUUUCAUUUGGAUACUUUAGAAGUAAAAGAUAUCAAUUUCAAUCUACAAGAAAAUCGGUUUGAACUUAAAAUUUUUUUUCCCCAUUUGAGAAUUUCGUCAAUAUACAAUAUACAAGGGAAAAUUUUAUUUCUACAAUUGGACGGCCAUGGACCUGCAGACGGAAACUUAACCGGUGUUGACGCAGAUGUUACAUUGCAAGCACAACGCUACAAAAAAGGAAACAACGAACAUUUAAAAUUUUCUACCAUGGAAAUAGAUGAAAAGGUACACAAAGCAAUUUUUAAAUUUGAGGGGCUUUUUAGAAAUAAUCCUGAACUCACCGAGCAAACAAAUAAAAUCCUCAAUGAAAAUAUCGAUGAGAUACUACAAGAAUUAAGGCCUUCGAUACAUUUAGCAAUUAAACAGACAGUGCUUGGACUCAUUAGCAGAUUAUUUGAAAAAUUCUCGGUUAAAGAAUUAUUUCCAGAAUGA